AUGAGUGCCGCCGAAGCUUUGCCCGCGAACACCGCGUCGACGGUCGAGAGCAAAGAGGCUGGAGAUGAUCAAUCUGGUCUUUUGGCCAAGGGCAAGCGCAAGCUGCUGGCGCUCGGAAAGAAGACGGACGGGGAGUUGCAAGACAAGCCUACAGCUACAACUACUACUGCACGCUCUCCCACAUCAGCACCCACGUUGCUGCCCUCGCCGCCCCUGACCACGUCGCCACCUCCAGACCACCGAUCUCCCCGUGGGAGCCCCCGCAUUUAUCCUGCAGGCAUCGGUGCUUCCCCCAAUCGCCGCCUCAAUCGCUCGUCUUCGCCCGGCUUGCACUCUCCAGCAUCCUCGCAGAUCUUUGAGCGCAAUGUGCAGGAACCCGAGCCUUCGCCUGCAAUCCCAGCACACAUCAAAACGGAGGACCACAUACCGGCAGCGUUGGAUGCUUCGUCGCUAGCCAUCACAGAUGACCAUCUGAACCCAGACGAGGUGGAGAUUGUCAUGCACGCGGCCCACCAGCCUGCUGCUGCGGCUGUAGCAGGAAGCAUCGCAGACUCGAUACAUUCGCCGUCGCUCGCCCACGAGGAAGCCUCCAUCUUCAGCCACCCUGACCCCUCCGAAUCUGCGCCCAACGCAAACUACGGCUCUGUGGACACGACUGAUCCUAGGCGUUUGUCUUUCAUCUCUUUUGCAGAUGUGGUACAGGCCGAGCACGCUGAGACAGAUCGGGAUGCCACGCAGUUCAUCAGUUUAUCUGCGACGGCCAAUCGCUCACCGUCUCCUGUGCGCUCGCCCGUGUCUUCGCAUGGAUUUAGCGCAUCCCCACCGAGAAGUGGUGCCACGUCGGAGAAGAUUCCAGGCAGCCCUACAGCGCCUGGCACGCACAGUCCUCCUCUGGGCAGCGGUGGAGAACUGCAGAUCGAAACCAUGCGCCAGGCUCUGCGAAGGACUGGCUCGGGCGAUCUCAGCGGAGCACGAUCGCAGCCACUGAGUGCUGUCAGUCUGGAGGAGACGGCUGCUGACCGCCCACCGUUCAGAUGA